GCCUCUGACGGGUGUUCUGGCUGUGUUGCCUGUACGAUUGUUCGGUCCUGGUGCUGCCUUUUGGUUUUGGUUUCUAACAGUCUGUUCUCUCUUCUCCCCUGACCCACCACAGAGUUCUACCUUGUAAAUACUGUUAUUUGUAUAUACUGUAAAUGAUGACAUCGGUGGGCACUAACCGAACCCGGGGGAACUGGGAGCAGACACAGACACAGAGCCAGACGCAGCACAAGCAGCGGCCGCAGGCCACUGCGGAACAGAUUCGACUUGCACAGAUGAUUUCGGACCACAACGAUGCUGACUUUGAGGAGAAGGUGAAACAACUGAUUGACAUCACAGGCAAGAACCAGGAUGAGUGCGUGAUUGCUCUGCAUGACUGCAAUGGGGAUGUCAACAGAGCCAUCAACGUGCUGCUGGAGGGCAAUCCGGACACGCAUUCCUGGGAAAUGGUCGGGAAGAAGAAGGGUGUCUCAGGACAGAAGGAGAGUGGACAGACAGAGCCCAGUGAAGAAAGCAAAGAAAACCGGGAGCGGGAGCGGGAUUUCAGCAGACGACGUGGCGGGCCACCGAGGCGGGGGCGAGGUGCCAGCCGUGGAAGAGAGUUUCGGGGCCAGGAGAAUGGACUAGACGGUGGGAAGAGUGGAGGAUCUUCUGGAAGAGGCACAGAAAGAGGGAGGCGGGGACGUGGCCGAGGCCGAGGUGGCUCUGGACGGCGAGGGGGAAGAUUUUCUGCCCAAGGCAUGGGAACUUUCAACCCUGCUGACUAUGCUGAGCCAGCCAGCACGGAUGAGAACUAUGGGAAUAGCAACAACAACACGUGGAACAACACUGGGAGCUUUGAGCCGGAUGAUGGCACAAGACUUGAUUUCAUUGGGGGUGAGGGGUCAAAUUAUCCCCGAAAAUUUGACACUGCUCCUGGUACGAUACAUCCAGGCGCACUAACUGCCCCGGAUACCUUUACUUUACAGCUUUUUAAAAAAACCCUGAAAUAUCUGUGGAUAUGUAAUUCUUCUCUCUCUCAAUUUGUUCAUUUUAAUGAAUAUUUGACAUUUGUUCUGACUGUGCUUUUACUAAUGCUGACACCUUGAAUAUAAAUUGGGAGAGGCUAACCCCAACUCCAAAUUUUAGCCUCAGCCACUGCUUCUUGGUGCCCAGAGCAGCUCCGUGUCCACAGUGCUGGUGACAGA